AUGUCCUACAUCGCUCAAAUUUUUGAUCCGCUAGGUUUGGUAGGUCCAACUAUCAUGAAGGCUAAAUUGUUCAUGCAGCGUUUGUGGGCGCUAAGAUCUGCCGAUGGCCAACGCUUUGAAUGGGAUCAACCAUUGCCACUGAAGCUCCAAGAUGCGUGGAAAGAAUACCAUACCACAAUAGAUGUUCUGCGUCAGAUCAAAAUUCCUCGAUUCGUAUCUUUGCCUCUCGCAACCAGCUUUGAAUUACAUUUCUUCGCUGAUGCUUCCGAAAAGGCGUACGGAACGUGCUGUUACGUCCGCACUAAAACAACAAACCAUAUUUCUGUUCAGCUUAUGGCGUCAAAAUGCAAGGUAACGCCGCUUUCAACCCAUCACACGAUCGCAAAGCUAGAGCUUUGUGCCGCCCGCUUAUCCACCCAGCUUUAUAAGAAAGUUAUCGCGGCUAUAAAAAUCUCACCCACUGGAAUCCAUUUUUGGUCAGACUCCACCACGGUUUUACAAUGGCUACGUUCACCGCCAGGCCGUUGGAAGACGUUUGUAGCCAACCGCGUGUCCUACAUCCAGCAACACACCUCCAUUGACAGCUGGAAACACAUCGCCGGUAUAGAAAACCCGGCAGAUGAUAUCUCUCGAGGAUUGAGUCCUACAGAAAUCGUAAACUAUGCCAGGUGGUGGUCCGGACCAUCUUGGCUUUCCCUAACGUCAGAAUGCUGGCCCACCGGAGCGCUACCGGCCGAUGAAUUACCGGAAACCAGAACCGAAGGCAGAAACGUUCCGUUAGUCGCUGUGUCUGCUACGCAAUGCAGCUUCAGCGAUUAUUUGUUUGCACGGUACUCGGAUUAUUCUAAAUUGCGAAGAACCACGGCUUACUGCCUCAAAUUUCUCCAACAAUUACGUAAACGCACCUUAAUUCGUCGCGACCAUCCACAAAACUACAUUAAGCUCAUUCCUCGUCGCAUAAAAAUACAACCGUCCCAUGCAGUUAAUACUGACGAAUUAAUCUCAGCCGAUAUGGUACUGUGCCGUAUGGCGCAACGAGACAGUUUUUGGGAAGAACACAAUAAUCUCGUAAACGGACUUCAAUUGGCCAAGCCCAACACCUUGAAAUGGCUUAAACUCUACAUGGACUCAGCAGGCAUCAUUCGAGUAGGCGGUCGCUUGACCAACCUCGAUCUACCCGAAUCAUCCAAACACCCGAUAGUUUUGAAAGCGAGUCACCCCUUGAGCGUCAUCAUAGCCAACCACAUUCACAAAAUUCUUCUUCAUGCUGGUCCUCAACUAAUGCUGGCCACUCUUCGCCAGAAAUAUUGGAUUCUAGGAGGAAGAAAUCUUGUACGCCAAAUUUACCACAAAUGUCACACCUGCUUCCGCUACAAACCAGUGUUAAUUAAACAAACAACAGCUGAUUUGCCUGCUUCACGUGUCACCCCUAGUCGACCAUUUUCCGUGUGUGGGAUCGAUUAUUGUGGGCCUUUUUAUGUGAAGUCAGCUGUUCGGAAGCGCGGACCAACGAAAGUUUAUGUGGCAAUUUUCAUAUGCUUUUCCACACGAGCUAUUCAUAUAGAGCUUGUAAGUGAUUUGUCCACCGCUGCCUUUCUGGCUGCCCUCAAACGCCUAGUUGCUCGUCGCGGAAAGAUUUCCGAGCUUCAUUCUGAUAAUGCCACUGCGUUUAAGGGGGCCGCUCACGCACUUAAUAAAGUGUAUCGAAUGUUGAAAUUAGAAGAAGACGACCGCAAUGAAAUUUUCAGUUGGUGUGCAAACAACGAAAUAAGGUGGAAAUUUAUUCCGCCACGUGCGCCACACUUUGGAGGCCUAUGGGAGGCCGCAGUGAAAUCUGCCAAAUUUCACCUUCUAAAGGAGUUGCGAAACACCACUAUCAGAUACGAGGACCUGCUAACCCUGCUGUCACAAGUGGAAAUGUGCCUUAAUUCCCGACCACUCACACCAAUACCAUCAGAAUCAACGGAUCUAGAAGCCUUGACACCGGGACACUUCCUGGUGGGCUCCAAUCUACAAGCUGUCAUCGAACCGUCUGUAACCAACGUACCAGAAAAUCGGCUCAACCAUUGGCAGCAAACUCAGCAACAUUUUCAACGCAUCUGGGCUCGCUGGUAUCCCGAGUACCUUCAACAACUCCAGUCAAGGGCAUCAAACAGCUGCAGUCCACCUGUUAAAAUUGAAUCCGGAAGAAUUGUUGUUGUUCGAGAGGAUAAUUUACCACCAACCCAGUGGCCGCUUGCGAAAAUCACCGCAGUGCAUCCUGGGAAAGAUGGAAUCGUCCGAGUCGUUACAUUAAAAACAUCCACUGCAGAUAACGUCGUACGACCUGUAACCAGAAUCGCCUUACUGCCGAUGCCGAAUGAAGAUGUUUCGUUAAACUCAACAAACCCUUAG